UGCGAGAAGCGCGAGCAGUGAGCAGCUGUGAUUACACCGUCAUGGACACGAGCGGACCACGGCGGAAUUGAAUCGGGACGACUCGGACGUUGCCAAAAACAAAGACACGAACACCCCUCUUAUUCUCAUCGGAAUAUAACGGAUUCAGACAAAGUAGUGCGGCUCGUUUGUUUGCGUGUUUGGAAUAUGGCCAACAGAAGAACUCCCACAACAUGACAGCCUCGCGCAGUCCCCGCGCUGGAGAAACUCUUACUCGCGCGCUUCAUGACGAGUCUCGAGGCCACAGAGCCGCCAGAUGUGCUGCUGUUAACCGCUGACACAGCACAGCGAGACAACAGCAGCCUGACGACACUCGACACUUCCUUUCUAACGUUACCCCCGUGUGAACGACAUGACAUCGCGCUAAAGGAGAUGGUAUAAUCAGCGACUGACCUGUUUGAGGAGCAGCUGGGCGAGCUGCCCGACUAGCAUGUGAGGCUAAUCUUGGUGUGUUAGCGGCUAAUUAGCGUACGAGCGCAGCGCGAGACGCCCGAGACACUCCAACGGCUCUGACAGGACAGAGAGGCGGACACUUUCAUACUCUUUGAAACUGCCUUUUUAAUCUUUUGAUUUUUAAACACAUUAUCAGCUAUUUGACAUGUCCAAAAGUCUUACUGGCCCGUAAAUGUGGUAGAGUUAUUUUGUGUGUGUGUGUGUGUGUGUGUGUGUGUGUGUGCGCGCGCCGUGAGAACGGUUAAAGUUGUGUGGUUGUUCCCGGAGUUGGGAGCGCGCGGGGCCGAUGCGGAGCAGAGCGCGCGGCGGCCGCAGGCAUGCAGCACGACUUCAGCUACAGCGAGGAGAACAGCGCGAGAUGGCGAGGCCUGUUCGUGCAGGCGUUGCGAAAGGUGCAGUUACAAGUGCAUCCAAACCUGUCAGCUAAAGAAGACGCCCUUCAGCACAUUGAGGUGCUCAUACUACAGCUCCUGAACAAGCUGUGUGUCACACAGCCCAGAACUAUAGCUGAUGUCGAGGAGCGUGUCCAGAAGACGUUCCCGAAUCCCAUCGAUAAAUGGGCCAUGGCAGAUGCUCAGGCUGCGAUAGAGAAACGCAAACGAAGGAACCCACUGCUGCUGCCAGUCGAUAAGAUACAUCCAUUACUGAAGGAGGUGCUGGGCUAUAAGAUUGACUAUCAUGUGUGUCUCUAUAUCGUUGCUGUGCUGGAGUACAUCUCAGCCGACAUUCUCAAGCUGGCUGGAAACUAUGUGAGCAACAUUCGACAUUACGAGAUCAGCCAGCAGGACAUCACUGUCUCCAUGUGUGCUGACAAGGUGUUAAUGGAUAUGUUUGAUCAGGAAGAGGAGAUGGGAUUGGUGUCUCAGGGUGUAGAGGAGGUGUCUUCCUCUGGUGAGCUCACAUAUGAUGACUUGGUGCGUCUGGAGAUUGCUGAGGAGCGCCAGUAUCUGCGGGAACUCGAUCUCAUCAUUAAAGUAUUCCGCCAGGCCUUUAUGUCCAAUGGCAAACUUUUCUCUGCUCAGGAUGUGGAGCUGGCGUUCAGUAAUAUUCUGGAAGUUCACGAGUUGACGGCGAAGCUGUUGGGUCUGAUCGAAGAUGCCGUAGAAAUGACAGCUGAUGGUAGUCCACACCCCCUUGUGGGCAGCUGCUUCGAAGACCUCGCUGAGGAGCAGGCAUUUGAUCCUUAUGAGACACUCUCUCAGGACAUCCUCUCCAAAGAAUUCUGUCAGCAUUUCAACACUCUGAUGUCCCGCCCAACUGUUGCUCUGCACUUUCAGUCAAUAGCAGAGGGUUUCAAGGAGGCAGUGCAGUAUGUGCUUCCUCAGUUGAUGAUGGUUCCAGUUUACCACUGUAUGCACUACUUUGAACUGUUACAGCAAUUACAGGAGCAAAGUGAGGACCAGGAUGACAGAGAGUGUUUAAAACAGUCUCAAACUGCACUGCUCAACCUACAGAGCAGCAUAGAACGCAUUUAUGCUAAACACCAACCACGGCGCAAACAAGGGGAACCCCUAUAUCGGUUAUAUAGUCGCGCGUCUCGUAGCAAGCAGGCAGCUAUAAAGCGUAUGAAUGACAUCCAGAGGAGUAUUGAUGGCUGGGAGGGCAGAGAUAUUGGCCAGUGCUGCAGCCAGUUCAUCCUGGAAGGGGCACUCUUACGGGCCGGUGCCAAGCACGAACGACACAACUUCCUGUUUGAUGGCCUUAUGAUCAGCUGCAAAGCCAAUCAGAGCUCCCGGUUGCCGGGGGCGGGCAGUGGGGCAGAGUUUCGUCUAAAAGAGAAGUUUGUGUUGCGUAAAUAUCGCAUUGUAGACCGUGAGGAUUCAACAGAGUUUCGUCACGCAUUUGAGCUGGUGGGGCGUGAGGACAGCGGUGCUGUGUUCUGCGCCCGUUCGGCGGAAGAGAAGACUGCGUGGAUGGCUGCGCUGGUCACUCUGCAGUAUCGUCCCACUCUUGACCGCAUGCUGGACACUGUCCUGCUACGCGAGGAACAGGCACAACCACUGAGGUUGCCGUCACCGGACAUUUACAGGUUUGCCAUUCAGGACUCUGAAGAAAACAUUGUGUUUGAAGAGGGAGCACAGAGCAAGACUGGAAUCCCCAUUAUAAAAGCCGGAACAGUUGUCAAGCUUAUUGAAAGACUGACGUACCACAUGUACGCAGACCCAAAUUUUGUACGUACGUUUCUGACUACAUAUCGCUCCUUCUGUAAACCACAAGACCUGCUCACACUACUGAUAGAAAGGAUAGAGAUUCCAGAGCCCGAGCCAUCAGAGGCGGACCGAGAGGCACUCUGGAAUGGAGAGCAGCCAAUGGCAGCUGAGCUCCAGAGAUUUCGCAGAGAAUAUGUUCAGCCUGUCCAACUCAGGGUUCUGAAUGUUUUCCGUCAGUGGGUGGAACAUCACUUUUAUGACUUUGAGAAUGAUCCUGAACUCCUUCACAGACUUGAAGAAUACCUCACCAGCACCACACAGCUUAGAGGUAAAUCAAUGCGUAAGUGGGUGGAGUCUAUCAGUAAGAUCAUGAGGCGGAAGAUACAAACUCAGUCUAAUGGCAUCAGUCACAACAUCACCUUUGAGAGCCCGCCGCCUCCUAUUGAAUGGCACAUCAGCCGCCCUGGGCAGGUCGACACCUUUGACCUCAUGACCCUUCAUCCCAUUGAAAUCGCUCGUCAAUUAACACUGCUAGAGUCUGAUCUGUACAGAGCCGUUCGUCCAUCUGAGCUGGUAGGUAGUGUUUGGACAAAGGAAGACAAAGAGAAGAAUUCUCCCAACUUGCUGAGAAUGAUCAGACACACCACCAACCUCACACUUUGGUUCGAAAAAUGUAUAGUGGAGGCAGAAAAUGUGGACGAGAGGGUUGCUGUAUUCUCUCGUAUUAUUGAGAUUCUGCAGGUGUUUCAGGAGCUCAAUAACUUUAAUGGAGUUUUAGAGAUUGUAAGCGCCAUCAACUCUGUACCGGUGUAUCGCCUGGACCACACCUUUGAGGCCGUACCGGAGAGGAAGAGGAAGAUUCUUGAGGAAGCUGUUGAGCUCAGUCAGGAUCAUUUUAAAAAAUACCUCGCCAAGCUCAAAUCCAUCAACCCACCUUGUGUACCUUUUUUUGGUAUCUACCUUACUAACAUUCUGAAGACUGAGGAAGGAAAUCCAGAUUUCCUAAAGCGUGAUGGAAAAGAGCUGAUUAAUUUCAGCAAGAGACGCAAAGUAGCAGAAAUCACUGGAGAAAUCCAGCAGUACCAGAACCAACCCUACUGCCUCAAAGUAGAACAUGAUAUUAAGAGAUUUUUUGAAAAUUUGAAUCCAAUGGGAAACAUGAGUGAGAAGGAGUUUUCUGACUACCUGUUCAACAAGUCUCUAGAGAUUGAACCACGGAACUGCAAACAGCCGCCUAGAUUUCCCAGAAAGACUACAUAUUCUCUAAAGUCUCCUGGUGUUCGGCCAGUACGGCAGGCGGCAGGAGGGGGUGGAACGCUGAAGGGUCACCCAGUGCCAUUAGAAAGAGAACCACCCCACAAAAUCACCUUCAGAAGCAUCGCAGAGACAGAACCAGAGACACCUGCUUCUCUUCCCACCUCUCCUAACACACCCACCCCUCCACAGUCCGCCAGCUCAGACCUCAACUCUGUCUUCAUGGAGCACGACCUGAGCAGCUCCUAUGGUAACAACACCAUAUUUGCCCAAGUUUUGCUGCCCCAGUCCAGGUUUCAGUCUGUAUCGUGUGGUAGUUUACACCAGUUGAGCGAUGAGCUUCUUAAACCCCCUCCACUGCCCCCCCGCAGGAAAGACACCUCUUCAGAGACAAAGUUGAGUUCCAGGUCUGAAAGUCCUCCUGCCAUUCCACCACGACUGCCUCCUCCUCCUCGCUUGCAGCCCCGUGUUCCAGUGAUAAACGGACCAACAGAUGGGCCACUGCCGAGCCCUCCUCCCCCUCCUCCACGCGAUCCCCUGCCUGACACACCUCCGCCAGUUCCACAACGCCCGCCCGAGAUCUUCAUCAACUACCCGGUGAAUCUGCAGCCAUCUCCAGUGGGCCGUUUCCACUGGGAUUUCACCAGCUGUCCCAGCACUCCCAAUACCCCGCCCAGCACCCCAUCUCCCCGCGCACCGCCCCCUGGUACGCCUUCUCCACGCGUGCCUCGGCGCCCCUGCACACCCAGCGUCAGUCAGCCCAUUCUGUGUCAUCUGCCCCCACCCAUACCACCUCGGCACAACUCCACCCCCGCGCUGCCAAAACUUCCACCCAAGACUUAUAAGAGAGAACUCUCUCAAACAACACACACUCUUUCACAGCCAUCUUUACACACUCUCUCACUAGUAGACAAUAGGGACAGCAAUGAAUAAAAGACGG